UGGUUUAGCUCCCCCUUAUGGUCAUUGACACCUGGUGGUAGCAGCCUGAUUGGCCAGGUGGUGAAGACAGGAAGACAGCCCCACCCUGCUGUAGCCCUGGCCACAAAGGACACUGAGUCCCCAAGUACUAGAGCAGCCGGCAGCGCUCCUGUGAUCCUGGUGGUGUCCAUGCUUCUGUGGGGCAUUGUGCAGUAGGAAGGCGAGACCAGUGUGGCUGCGCAGGGAAAGACCAGGUUCAGAGCCCUGGGCCGCAGAGGGAGCCUGAGCACGAGAUCUCCCUUUCUUCUCUCCUCUACACCUGCAUCAUGAGCACACUGUGUGAAGCCAAUGACACUUUUGCCUUCAGCCUUUUAAAGCUCCUGGGCCAGGAUGACCCUGCAGGCAACGUCUUCUUCUCUCCUGUGAGCGUCUCCUCCACCAUGGCCAUGAUCCUACUGGGGGCUAAGGGCGACACGGCGGCCCAGAUUGCCCAGGCACUGGCUUUAAACCCCAAAGAGGACAUUCAUGGCAGCUUCCAGUCACUUCUCACCGAGGUGAACAGGCCUGGUGCUCCAUACUCCUUCAGCAUCGCCAACGGGCUUUUUGGAGAAGAAAGCUGCAAAAUUCUCCCGUCCUUUACGGAGUCCUGUCUGAAGGUCUACCAUGCCGAGGUAGACCAGCUGCCCUUUGCUGAAGCUCCAGAGAAGUCCAGGAAGCACAUAAACAGCUGGGUGUCCAAAAAGACGGAAGACAAAAUUCAGGAGUUGUUGGCAGAGGACUCAAUUGGUCGUGGGACCAGGCUGGUUCUGGUGAACGCCGUCUACUUCAAAGGAAGGUGGGACAAAAAGUUUGCGGUGUCCUCCACAAGGACAGUGCCUUUUACAGUGAACCAGAAGGAGAAGAAGCCCGUGCAGAUGAUGUACCAGGAAGCCACAUUCCCCCUGGCCCAGGUGAGGGAGGUGCAGGCCCAGGUGCUGGAGCUGUCCUACAAUGGCCACGAGCUGAGCAUGAUCAUCCUACUCCCUGACAAAGGCGUGGACCUCAGCACGCUGGAAGACACCCUCACUUUUGAGAAAUUCCAAACCUGGACCAGUGCAGAGCGGAUGAAGCGUACAGAAGUUGAGGUUUUCCUCCCGAGAUUUAAACUGCAGGAAGAUUAUGACAUGUGCUCUGUGCUGAAGCGCUUGGGCAUGGAGCAUGCCUUUGAGGAGGGCUGUGCUGACCUGUCCGGGAUGGUGGCCGACAGCAACCUGAGUCUGUCCAAGUUCGUGCACAAGAGUGUGGUGGAGAUCAACGAGGAGGGCACAGAGGCCACGGCGGCAUCAGCUUGUAUGGCUGUACCUUGCUGUGCUUCAGAAUCUAGAUCUGUGUUCCGCGCGGACCACCCCUUCCUGUUCUUCAUCAGGCACAACAAGACCAAUAGCCUGCUCUUCUGUGGCAGGUUCUCCUCACCCUGAGGGUGCCCUUGCCGUGCAUGCCAGCAGUUCCCUCUGUGUUGCUAAAUCCCCCCAUGCUCCAUGCAGAUGGCUCCCAGGAAAACUCCCACUGCAGCCUAGGUCAGAGCCUGGUCUCUGAGAACCCGCUGUCAGCAUAGCCUCUCAGUGUGCUGUGCUCAGCGCUCCUGCCCUGCCCGCUUACCUGUGCUCCCGCCUGAGAGAAGGGACAACAGACUGCCGUGGUGACCGUAGGGCACCGUCCAGAUUCCAGAGCGCAGCAGCCUGCACAGUUUUCCUGCGUGGCCUCACAAGUCCUCACACUCGUGUCACGCACUCAUUCCUAUGGUUACCGUGUACUUCCUCACACCCCACACCUUAUCACUCCCCUUAACUGACUCCUAAACAGUAAUCCCCGCUGCUGGAUGCUGUUGUUCCUCCUCCAGUUUUCCUGGUGCCUGCAAUUUUAAAGAAGCACACAUUUUAGUUUUAUUUUCUUUGUCAUUUCUCAUUCUCCUGCUCUGUGCAGAGCCCUGCAGAGGCCCAGGGUCGCAGUCCUGCUUCUCAACAGACUCUUUGUAGCAUCUCUGCCAAUUUAAAAAGCUUUAGGGGCAACUUGGUUACACCAUUUAUUAUCUUCAUCCUGUGGAGCUGAAAAUGUAUUCAUGUGAUUUUAUUUCUCCUCCUCUAACUCAAAUGGUUAAAUUCCAGCCAGUACUUAAAAUUUAUUUGAAAUGUCUCCUUCUUUAAGAAAGUUUUUGUUUUGUUUCUUUGAACUCUCAUUGCAGCUGUUCAU